AUGACAGCGCACCAAAAUGGCACCAUCUCCUCUGAGAUUUCAGACUUCCUCCUGAAUUGUUUUGCCAGGUCCCCUAGCUGGAAAUUCUGGUUGUCCCUGCCCCUCAGCCUCCUCUUUCUUUUAGCCAUGGGGGCCAAUAGUGUUCUCCUGAUCACCAUCCGGCUGGAGGCAUCUCUGCAUGAGCCAUUGUACUACCUGCUCAGCCUCCUCUCCCUGUUGGACAUCAUUGUCUGCCUCACCGUCAUCCCCAAGGUGCUGGCCGUCUUUUGGUUUGACCUCAAGUCCAUCAGCUUCUAUGCUUGCUUCCUCCAGAUGUACAUCAUGAACUGCUUCCUUUCCAUGGAGUCCUGCACAUUCAUGGUCAUGGCCUAUGACCGCUAUGUAGCCAUCUGCCACCCACUGAGGUACCCAUCCAUCAUCACUGACCAAUUUGUAGCCAAGGCUGCUGUCUUUAUUUUGGCCAGGAAUGGCAUUUUAACAGUACCUAUCCCCAUUCUAUCAUCCCGACUCCAUUAUUGUAGGACAAAUGUCAUUGAGAACUGCCUCUGCGCCAAUAUGUCUGUCUCCAGGCUCUCCUGUGAUGAUGUCACCAUCAAUCGCCUCUACCAGUUUGUCAUAGGAUGGACCCUGCUAGGAUCUGACCUCAUCCUCAUCUUUGUCUCCUAUACCUUCAUACUGCGAGCUGUGCUGAGACUCAAGGCAGAGGGUGCUGUGACCAAGGCCCUGAGCACAUGUGGUUCCCACUUCAUCCUUAUCCUCUUCUUCAGCACCAUCCUUCUUGUCUUCGUGCUCACUCUUGUGGUGAAGAAGAAAGUCUCCCCUGAUGUGCCAGUCUUGCUCAACAUCCUCCACCAUGUCAUUUUCUCAGCCCUCAACCCCAUUGUGUAUGGGGUGCGAACCCAGGAGAUCAAGCAAGGAAUCCAGAGAUUACUGAAGAAAGUGUGGUAA